AUGCUCGACUCCCAGCGUCGUUCCCAUUUUGGGGACAUCCACCAUCAUCUCCGAACCAGCGGCAUUCUGAAGAUACGCCUCCAGUUUCCCGAUGACGACAGCCAAUACCUGGAGCGCAUAAUACUUAACCUUUGCGCUCAUCACGGACAUGGGCCUCCUACACGCCACAGCGCUUCCCGAGGCUGGUUCUGGGAUGUUCGCCCCAGCUCUGCUGGCCUUGAAACACGAGUUCCUCUCGCACGAUCAGAAACCAUGCAAGAGUUCCAGUGGCACACUGACUGUAGCUACGAGAGCGCACCCCCGAAAUACUUUGCGCUUCAAGUUCUGCAGCCUGAUCGCUACGGUGGGGGUACCCUGUCCCUCAUGACGAUUGCCAAGCUCGCGCAUCACCUGUCCCCGGCCGUACAGAAAGCUCUAUUCGAACCGGAGUUCAAAAUCAAAAUUCCUCCUGAAUUUUUCAAACAGCCUGACCAACAGCACAUAAUGGGGAGCAUCCUUGGAUUGGACAAGAUGGAUAAUUCGCUGGUAGUGAGGUUCCGAGAAGACCUGAUAGAGCCCAUGAACCCCAGGGCUGCGGCAGCAUAUGAGGAGCUGAAGGAUGCGUUGAAUGAGCUGGCAAAAAGUCCUCAGUCCAUGUUACACCUGACAGGGACGGACUUACCCGAACAGUCAAUUGUCAUACUGGACAACCAUAAGUGGCUCCAUGGGCGGGAUGCCAUCAAGGAUCCUGCCAGGCAUUUGCGUCGAGUGCGAUGGAAUGCAAUGCCGUUCCCUUCCGUCGGUCAGGGUGACACGGCAGGCUCUUAG